CCACGCGCCCAAUUCACUCUUCAGUCCUCAGAGCAUACGCAUACGCAAGUACGGCUAUAAGGGAUACUUACUUAUCACGGUUGUUGAUAUUUGCUUGUUCUGCUCAGCAAACGCGAUUCAACCCCAUCAUCAAAGCAGAAGGUCGAAGGAGUGAUGUCGACUAGUUCCUCAAUCCAGGAAAGGCAGGUGUUCGAGACCUCGGUAGAGGCUGCGGUCAGUCGAUCUGUCCAAGAGCAUCUGCCUCUCGUCGUGUUUAUUGCAGACGAAAGCGAGGAAUCGAACAGAUGGGCGCAUGAUCUCCUUGGUGACGAUGAGGUCGACGAUAUUCUGUUGAGAUACGCGGUCUCUCUCAGACUCGAGAACGGCUCGACCCAAGCUGGUUAUUUCGCUCAGAUCUUCCCUAUCACUCACGUUCCCUCUCUCUACGUCAUCAACAACGGAUCCAUGGUUGACUACGCAUAUGGCGAUAUCACAACAAGUACUCUUAUCGAGCGGCUAAAGCGAUCAGUGGUGCCUGGCGAUUCCCCCGCACCACCUGCUGCCGCUGCUCCCGCGACAAUGCCCACCUCUACCGCAACACCGACCCAACAGCUACCUUCAAGUGCCCAGUAUUCUACGUCCACUCCCAUCUCCACUCCAGCAACCGCCUCUACUCCAGCUGCAAGCUCUCCCUCUGUCACCCAGCCUCGUCAGCAACCUCGUCAGCAGCCCGCUGCUAGUGCGACUAUGCCAGCUACUACUCCACUGCCAUCCGCGACCAGCGAGAAGAGAAAGCAAUCUGCUAUGACUACGCCGUCUGAUUCUUCUUCACAGUCCAGCAACGAAAGAUAUCGAGAAGAGCUACGACGCAAGAGACUGCAGGAGUCUGAGGAGCGCCAGCGCAUAUUGAAGCUAUUACAGGACGACCGGGAAGAACGGAAGGCCAGGAGUCAGGGACUGUCAUCUCGUUUAUCCUCCGAGCUCCCGGCCAGGGGGUCAGACAAGAAAGUGACUAAGGACAUUCAUCACCACAACGACUCUGCGCUGGCAAUCAGACUAUUUGACGGCUCAUCUAUCAAGCAAAGAUUUCCACUUGAAGCUACUUUGGGUGAUGUAAGAGUAUGGAUCGACUCUAAUAGGACAGACGGUGAUGUUCCAUAUUCGAUAAUCAGCCAGUUUCCCCACAAAAUAUUCUCAGCCUCGGACGAACAGGAGACCCUUGUUGCAUUGGGUUUACACCCUACUGCCACCCUUAUUCUGAAACCGGUCUCCAAUUAUUCCAGUGCCUUCAUCCCAACGACUGCUCUUGGCCGUGUGCAGCAGGGAGUCUCGAGCGGGCUAGGUUGGGUUUUUGGUGCUGUUGGUACGUUUCUAGGAUACGGCUAUCAACCUCCGGAGACCGAGCCUGAAGAAACUUUCAGAGUUCCAAAUCUUGCAGCUCAUGACCCCGCCAACGACCAGCGGUCGAGAUCGACUUCACCUUCUGGCCCACAAACUAUUCACGAUUUCUCUGAUGGCGAGAACUCUGAUCGUGGGACGUAUAACGGAAAUCAUCUGAGUCUGGAAGACGAUCGCUAGAUCGUAUAAACUCCUCUGAAAAAGACAGAUUAAAUUAAAUGUCUACUCGCUCUCCCAAAUUUCGUUCAGCUCUCGUUUUUGGUUUCCUUCCUUUUAUAGCGUCAUCUUGAUAAAUAAAGUGGGAUUUGUUUUCCCGGUGGAUCG